CGCGAAAGCCUACCUGUUAAACCAAUCAAUGCAAUAAUUAAUAUUGAAACAAAUUGGAUACGCGACUAAUUUUUGGGCUAACGGUGCCGCAUCGCGAAACAAUCCGAACAAGGGGAGUCGGAGUCGCCUAAUGGAAUCGCGACGAUCGAAUCGCAAAAUCGCCGCGCGCGUAUCAUCUCUUCGGCGAUUGGUCCAUUCUCAUGAAGCAGGAAUCGACGGGGAAAUCGCGCCGACUUUAGAGUCGAGGAAUCGACGCAGCGAUUGCUAUGGGUUACGUGACGACGCAAGCGUCAGAGCGUUGCCUGGCAAAACCACGCGGUCCGGGCACAGCGAAUCCAGUCCGGGCACAGGGAAUCCAGUCCGGGCCGAGGGAGUCCAGUCCGGGCACAGGGAAUCCAGUCCGGACACAGGGAAUCCAGUCCGGGCACAGCGAAUCCAGUCCGGGCACAGGGAAUCCAGUCCGGGCACAGGGAGUCCAGUCCGGGCACAGGGAAUCCAGUCCGGGCACAGGGAAUCCAGACCGGGCACAGGGAAUCCAGUCCGGGCACAGGGAAUCCAGUCCGGGCACAUGGAGUGUAGUCCGGGCACAGGGGAUACCAGUCUGGUCAAAGAGAGAAUCCAGGCCGGGCAGAGUGAAAGUGAGUUCAGUCCAGGCACAUUGAGUCCAGUCCAGGCACAGUGACUCCAAUCCGGCCACAAUGAGUCCAGUCCGGCCACAAACAGUCCAGUCCAGGCAUAGUGAGUCCAGUUCGGCCACAAUUAGUCCAGUUCGGCCACAAUAUGUCCAGUCCAGGCAUAGUGCAUCCACUCCGGCCACAAUUAGUCCAGUCCAGGCAUAGUGAAUCAGUCCAGGCAUAGUGAAUCCAGUCCGGCCACAAUUAGUCCAGUCCAGGCAUAAUUAAUCCAGUCCGGCCACAAUGAGUUCAGGCCGGGCAGAGUGAAUCCAGUCCGGGCAGAAGAUCCAGUACAGGCAAAGUGAAUCCAAGUCGCUCGAGAGUGAAGUUCUGCUGACCCCGCUUCACUCAGUCUACAGAGUCGGGCUAUAGAGUGAUUGGUCUACACCAGAGCCAGCAGCCUUCUUGAGGACCUUGUCUCACCACCGGUGCCAGACGAGAGAACGACGCCAAGAGGCGAACGGGAUGGUGUGACCACUGUUCAAGUUCAGCUGAAAGAGCCGAUAGAUAAAAGGUCCCAUUUGUCUUUCCCAACCGCUCUAUAAAUCACGUUCGGUGACCAUGAAUCCUCACACCGGGAGACGCCGCCUGAACCACUGGGUGGAGGACUUGUUCCCCGCCAGGUACGCCUGCACAUCAGAGGACCUUCUCGGCAGCGGCGAGCCGUCAACUUUGUUGGCGGCAGGGGAACAGGCUCGCCAGAGUCGAGCCCUGCGCCUGAAGGACAUUUACGGCACCGUGUUCAGAGAACAGGCGGAGGCGGCGCGUGAAGCCCGGCUGAAACACAUCGCCGGCAUCAUCGUUCGCGAGUACCCCGAGGAAUCCGCCGCGCGAGAUGACUCCGCGGGGUCCUCUCGCGAGUCGGAGGGGCGCGCGGACGGCGCGGGCGGCGUGGAUGUCGAGGAGCUGGCGACGGAGGCGAGGUGCUUAUGGAGCGAGGAAGACGUGGCCGUCUUGAGACGGAAUGCCGAAGAGAAGAACGCACAGGUUCGCAGACUGAAGUCUGUAUUGACCGUGUCGGAAGCGGACAGGGGUGAGCUGAGGGCUCGCUGCGAGCGCCUGGAGGCUGCUCUGAGCGAGAGCACGAGGACGGGGUUGGCCGCUCGGCAGGAGGCGGACAGGCGGGCGAUGCACUGCCGGCAGCUCGAGUGUGAAGUGCAGAAGCUACAGAAGUCACUUGGAGCCCUGCAGGAGGUUGUGAGUGCAACGCAGCGCCAGGCGUCACAGGGCCGCAGGGACCUUCACUCGGCGCGGCUGCAGCAGCAGCAGCUGAGGGCGCGGAAACAAGAAAUUAAAUCGCAGCUGCAAAAAGCGUCGCAGGAGUUUUUGCUGAAGGAGGCCGAGCUGCACGGGACGAUGGAGCUGCGCUACAAAUCCUCGCUGGCGGAACUGCAGGCCGAGCUGGGGCGGACGCGUGAAGAGCUGCAGAAGGAGCGGCGGGCGCGCGGUCGAGAUCUGGCGUCCCUGGAGUUGCUUCGACGGCACUUUGAGAACCUGCAGGCUCCCAGGGUCGACGACUGCAUGAAGAUUACCCAUUGGUGACAUUGUAAAUGAGCGGACGUUAACAUGACGUCUCCUCGGUCGCAGAUCGUAAGCUGUUCUGGUUGUGUUACGUGGACAGGUUGGCAAAAUCAAAUGUUCAAUGCUAACAAAACUUAUUGUUAUAAUCAUCUCAAGUGAGGGUUGGCGGAGCUCACAAAUGUUGUGAAACUCCUCGUUGUGGUAGUAUGGUAGUGUUGUCAUGUCAUGUUGUUGUGGUGUUGUAUAAUGGUGUGGGGUGGUGUGCAUUAUGGUGUGGGUAUGGUUUGAUAGGGUUUUGGUGUGAUGGUGUACCGCAGUGGAUUGUGGCCUAUAGAGUUGGGUAUUUUGAUCACCCGGAAUGUUCCCGAUCUCGCAAGUGAAGCAGGCUAAGCCUGGAUCUUGGGUAGACGACCACCACACUUAGGUGUGCUAUAGGCUGUUGGGCUACCUUGUGGGCAGCAGGUGGCAGUGUAGCAAAAGCCAUUGUUGCACUAUACUCAAACAUCUACCAGUGCAUUUCUUACCUGUGUAGUCAAUUUUCCAAAGCCAUUUUUUUUGUUAUUUCAACCACUUUAUUUCAGAAAAAAAGUGAACAGAAAACCCAAGCGUGCCACUUUUCCCAUCAUCCCCCUUACGACUCGUUCCACACUCUGCCUCCCCUUAACCUCCAUUAGCCCAUUCUGUUUCAAGCGGCAGCAAUGACGCAUUCAAGAAAUGAUGCAUGCAGAGAUGGGGAUGAGAGCGCACGUUUGGUUUUGUACCGAGUGAGAUGAUGAAACUCGAGCUCCAGUUGUUACUCUCAGGUGGCGGCGUUAAACCCGACGGGUGAGAUUCACUUCUUGUUGAGACGGUGGGAACUCGGCACCCCUCUUGGUCAUUGUCCCCCCGCUGUUGGCGACGGAGACAUCGGCACGCUUGCACAAACGGACGAGAAAGGAAACAUUGUACAACACGCGCACCGGGCCAGUUAUGGCUUCCAGUUACGUCCUGAGGGUAUUUCUCAUGGAUCUGCUGCGUCAGGUGGGAUAUGUGAACAAUAGAACGUUGUUAGACUUGUGUAGACUUUGUCAGGCGAGCUUGGGUGAAGUCCAGUAAAGUCAACAUGGAUGGGAUUGACAAGGUAGGCUGAGUAAAAGUGGUCAGUAGGUGACUUGAGAUUGCACGCGUGGCAUAGACUCUGACUCUAGGAUUCAUUGUAAAUAAUUUCUGGCAAUGUUGAGUCAAAGUCCAGGCCCCAGCCAAAGUGGAAUGACAAGCUGCCACAGGGCAUAACGUCACGACGUAUGAUGCAGUCCGGUUGGUUCAAGACGUUUCCCCCAUCGCUGCUGUUUGCUCGCUCUGGGAGGUCAGUAUGGUACUGAUCACAUCCGAGAGUGCCACCUUCUGCACUCACAGACAAGGACAUCCACAGACACAGAACCAGAGGCAUGCGUAAAAACAAAGAACACAACAACCGCCAUUCGCCACUAAGUGGCGGUGACGUCACCACGGCGCUUGUUCCAGGCUAUGUGCUCGUUGAGGCCACGUGAAGUGAAACCACAAAGCACAAACAUCCAUAGACACACACGGUCACAUAUUUGCACACUGCACGUUUGAUGUCACACCAAUUUAUUUUUAUUUCUAACAUUCUUUGUACUAAAAAAACGUAUAAUACAUACAAAUUUAAUCUAUUAUGAAAAAGUGUCACUCAUUGGAGAGUCAACCUGUAUUAUGGACAUUUCUUUACUGAUGAAAAACUUCUCCUUUGAAAAGGUAUUAAUUACAAAUUUAAACUUGUUUAUAGCUGUUGUGCAUAUGUUGACCUGAGUGGGAUAAAUAAAUCUACGUCCUUUCUAUGUCAAACCAUCCCCCCAA